UGCUGGUCUGCACUGAGCCUGCAGGAUACAGAGAGAGCCACCAUCCAGAAAUGGUGUAGAAUAACAGGAAAAACAACAAGCGACAGCGGGCAGAAAGAGGAGCGAGGCUACAGGGCUUACGGUGACGGCACAGGAGAGCCAUUCAGAAAAGCCGGGGUUCAAAGGUGAGAAGAGCAGAGGGCACCAUGGAGAGUGAGCCGGGGGCCCCUGCAGGGACAGCCACCACCACCACAGCCAACACCACCACCACCACCACCUCCACCUCCGCCUCCUCCUCCUCCAGCACUUCAGCCUCAAGCAGUAGUACUACCUCUAACACUACUUCUACAACUACUACUACUUCUACCACUUCUCCUGGCAGUACCAACAGUAGUAGCAGUAGUAGUGGUAACACUAGCAGUAGUUCCAGUAGUACUACUACAGCAGGCAGACAGGCAGUGCCUCAGAUAUCUGUUUACAGCGGGAUACCUGACCGGCAGACAGUGCAGGUGUUCCAGCAGGCGUUACACAGACAACCUAACACAGCAGCACAGUACCUGCAGCAGAUGUACGCUGCUCAGCAGCAGCAUCUGAUGUUACAAACUGCAGCCCUCCAGCAGCAGCACAGCCUCAGCACUGCUCAGCUCCAGAGCCUGGCUGCUGUACAGCAGGCCAGUAUCGCAGCUGGCAGGCAAAGCUCUUCACAGAACGGCACUACAUCCCAACAAACAGGAUCAACUCAGGCUACGAUCAACCUGACGACCUCCCCAGCAGCAGCUCAGCUGAUCAGUCGAGCUCAGAGCAUAAGCUCUACGCCGACCAGUAUCUCCCAGCAGGCCGUUCUGCUGGGCAGCCCGUCCAGCUCCACUCUCACGGCCAGCCAGGCACAGAUGUACCUGCGCGCACAGAUGGCCCAGCAGAGUAAUCUGGUGCAGGUGGCGAGGAGCCUGGGUCGGGCUGUUCCUUUAUCCCCACAGCUCAUUUUCACUCCAACAGCCACAGUGACCGCAGUCCAGUCAGAGAGCUCCACACAGGCUUCCUCACAGAAUCAGGUCCAGAAUCUGGCCAUCCGUGGCCAGCAGGGGGCAACCACUGCCUCCUCUCAGACUCAGACCCUGCAGGCUCUGAGUCUGAAGCAGAGCCCUGUGCCCAUCCAGCCGGCGUCACUGGUCAAGAACCCGAGCCAAAGCACACAGGCCACAGCAGGAGGGAAGACCAGCUCCUCUGACACGUCAUCUGAAGGAGGGAAGAAGGGAGACAGUGCAGCAGCGGUCACAGAAGUCCGAGCUAUAAACAUGAGCCGUAAUGUCACAGCUGUCAGCGCUCAGCCCCUGAUCGCUCCAGCAUACACGCAGAUCCAGCCUCACUCUCUGGUCCAGCAGCACAAACAGCAGCAGCAGUUUGUCGUCCAUCAGGGUCAAGCUUCCCAGAGGACCGCGGGGCAGCUGCUGCAGACGGCCUCCAUUCAACCAUCACAACACCCGGUCCCCGUGCUGCCCAAACCCGCUCCAAACCAGCCCUCCACGCCCAGCCAGCAGGCCACCAUAUUCCACUCCACCAUCAGCCCCCACGCACUCCACUCCUCCCUCAACCAUGCCAAAGCUCAGCCCGUCCAGCUCACCGCUAUCAACCUGCAAAUACAGCCAACGGCAUCCAGAAUGGUUCAGGAAUGUAAAGAUAAGCCAACCUCGCUGGUGGUCAGAGAAACGUGUCCGACCCCUGCAACCCCUCAGCAGCUACAGCCUCAACAGCAACAACAGCAGCAACCUGCAGCUUCCCCAUCACAACCCAGCAAGACUGUAGAGCAGCCAAAGAUCAACCAAGCAACUCCAGCUGUUCAGCAACAAGCAGGGGGCUCAGCCAAGAGACCAAGCGCAGCACCUGGGACCCCGCCUCCAGCCAUGACCUCGGGGAACGAGAGCGAGGCGCCCACCGUGACGGGCAGCACACCGCAGAAUGGAGAGAACAAGCCGCCCCAGGCCAUCGUCAAGCCGCAGGUCCUCACUCACGUCAUCGAAGGCUUCGUCAUCCAGGAGGGAGCUGAGCCGUUCCCCGUGUGUGUUGAGCGUCUACCCAUUCUCAUCGACAGCCCGAAGAAACUCGAUCACCAGCUCUCCUCAGACCCUGACAAAACCCCCGUCAGCAAUGCAGCGAACUCUGACUCAGAGCCUGAGGACAUAAACCAGCCAGACAAAGAGCAGGAACCAAAGUUGACAUGUGAGUACUGCGGCUGGGUUGACUUCGCCUACACUUUUAAAGGCUCCAAAAGGUUCUGCUCCAUGGUUUGCGCAAAAAGGUACAAUGUUGGCUGCACGAAGCGCAUGGGCCUUUUCCGCCAAGAGAGAAGUAAACUGACUAAUCGCUGGCAGCGAAGACCUCAGGGCCGUCCCAGUAUAGAGGCUAAAAAACAGAAACUCUCCACAUCACCACAGCGGACUCAGGGUGGCUCUGUGUCCUCGCCUCAUCUCUCUCAGCCCAGUCAGGAGGAGUCCAGCCCUUGUUCGGACAUGUCCAGCUACGAGGAGCCGCCGUCCCCACUCUCUGCAGCCAGCUCAGGACCCCCUGCUCCCGCUCCAGCCCCCACUCAGGUCCCCGUCCACCGGCAUUCUAGCAGGGCCUCAGAUCAGGAGGUGAUGAGCGGAAGAGAUGAACCUUCACCCUGUCAGCGCUUCGUACCUAACGACCCCGCCAGGUGGAACGUGGAGGAGGUGUACGAGUUUAUCCGCUCCCUGCCAGGCUGUCAGGAGAUCGCAGACGAGUUUCGCUCUCAGGAGAUUGAUGGACAGGCCCUACUGCUGUUAAAGGAAGACCACCUCAUGAGCACCAUGAACAUUAAACUGGGACCCGCUCUCAAGAUCUUUGCACGCAUCAACAUGCUCAAAGACUCCUAGCAGGAAAAAUAUGUGUGUAUGUGAGAGUGAUAGAGAGAGAAAGAGAGAGAGAGAGAGAGAGAGAGAGAGAGAGAGAGUGUGAUGGUGUGAGGGUGUGAGGGGACAGCAGAGUAUAAAAGUUUGGCACAGGCCAGACGUUGCAUCAUCGUAGCACUGACGGCACAGACUGACAGCAAUAUGACCUCACUCUGUCUCCACUACUGGACUGGUUUCUUUAAUGGAGAAUCUCAAUUUAGCUGAAAUUCAUACUGACCUGAAUUAACUCCAGAAUAAUGCAAUUGUUGGCCUUUAUGCUAGGGCGGCAGCUUGAACACUGGGAGCUACAUUUAAAAUCACAUUUAAGUGUUUAUAUGGUACAAAAUGUUGAUUGAAGCCCAAGUGACAUCAACCAUUCGGGUUAUUGAAGGGGCAUCUGAGGCCAAUCAGUGGUGGCUGCUAUAUUAAGAACUAACUUUUGGUCAACCUAGUAACAGACAGGGGCAUAGAUGGCUUAGAGGUAAGGUUACCCCCUUGCCCCAGUGAAGCCUGGGCUUAAGUGUGGCCUGUGGCUCUUUUCCAGCAUGUCACUCCCUUCUCUCUCCUCCCUGUUUCCAAAUCUGUCCACUGUCCUCCUCUACAAAUAAAGGCAGCGCAGGAAUAAAUCGCACAAAAAGAAAGAAAGAAAAAACAACAAACACAAAGACCUUAAAACAGACAAAGAGGCAGAUCUUAUAUGGGCCUUAGGCCUCCUGGCAUAGAGUUACAACAUGCUGGUGUUUUCAGCCAUGCCCUUGAGUAUAUCAAGCUUUAACCCUUUUAAAAACUAAAAUGGAUCCGUUAUCAAGAAGUUUACAUUGCCCACCUUCAUUACAGAAAUUUGAUAAUAUGACCUUGACCUCGUAUAGCGCUUUUCUAGUCAUCUGACUACUCAGAGUACCUAGCCAUUCACACCUUUUCACUCCACAUUCAUAAACUCAUGGCAGAGGUUGAUAUCUGCCAUCUGUAUUAGCUAAUCCCAUUCAAACACACCCAAAGACGUUUACAGAUCACAGCCACAGUGUGAUAAUAAAUUGUAUUUGCAUUUUACAUUCACACCAAAUCUCAAAGUGCUGUAGUUGUGAAAUAGAUUAAAAAAACACUUAAAAUAAGAAAAACUAUGAGGAAAACAACAAUCUAGCAAUUACAACAGGAACAUCCAAGAAUCACAUCAAGGAAUCUGUUAGCUCCAAGGUAAGCUUUAGUAAAGAGAAAAGAAAGGAGUCCUCCUUCCAAGCCUCUGCAGUCUGAGGAGCCCUCAGGUGGUCAGGAAGGGCAUCCACAAUUGGGGCCACCAAUCUCCCAUAGAUUUAGGAGCAGCUCUUAAAACUAGGUAGCAGUGAAGGAUGUCUAGGUGCCUCGGUGCAAAGAAAACUCAGGAGUCGAUGGCUCAGGCAGAGAAACAGCCAACAAACAUAAGUGACAGUCUUCUGUCAUACAACACAUCUUAAACACUUUUUUUGUUGCAAUUUUAAAGGUCUUUUAAAAUAUUCUUUAGAGCAUUCUUGAGAUGUUUUCAUCACAAGGAGCUACCAUGGAGCCCAAUAACCUUGAGCUUUGCCGUGUGAUCUUAAAAAAUUACAUUAGUUCAUCCUUGAGGCAGAGAAGUCAUGCAAAGUUUGAAGAAAAUUUCUCGAGGCAUUCUUGGUAUAUUGACCUCACCACAAAAUGACCAUGGGACUCAAGAGUUGAAAAUGAGGUAUAAUAACCUUGACCUUUAACCUGUGACGUCCAAAAUCAAAUCAAUUCAUCCAUUAAGCAGACUUAACAUUUGUGCAAAGCAGUGCUAAUUUAGCAAUGUUAAAAAGUGACUAAAAUGUUAGUUACUAAUUUUUUCCAUUAGAAAGACUAGACCAAGACUAGCUAAGAAUAGAUCCUUUAUGACUAAAACUGACAAAGUACGUUUAUUUAUUUAUUUAUUUUUUUGUCAAGGAGACUAAAACAAGACUAAAAUGUAGUUGUGUUUUGUCAGACAUUUAUAAUCCAUAUUUUUCCACUUUGGGUAAAUCCAUCAAAACACAAUGCAUCUUUAGCAUUGCUGCCUCUGCUCUAGAAAGCAGAGAUUCCAGGUUUGGCAGAAUGCAUAAUCACACAAGUAUGAUAUGGCACCAGGUUCAGGCAAAGAUAAUAAAUGUUUGACUUAAAAUAAAGACUAGAAUUUAAGAACUUUUUAUGGACUACAACUGCACUAAAAUGUUAUUGACAUUUGUACACUGAAAGACAAACUAUAAAGGGAAGAAAUGACUAAUGUGACUAUAAUUCGUAAACAUUUUAAUCUUAAGACUGACUAAAAUGAUAAACAGCUGCUAAAAUUAACACAGGUGCAAAGUUUGAAGAAAUCCCUUUUAGCAACAAGAUAUUGCGUUUAGAAGAAUGGCCAAAACAGAUGGAUGGAUGGACAACCCAAAAACAUAAGAGUCUGUGUCUGCAGCUGGGGCUUUUACCACUGGCAGUGCUUGUUUUCAGUAUAAAGCUGUUGUAGUCCAGCAUUUUCUCUGUGCUCUUGAGUGGAAAGAAAAAACACCCUUGGAGUUGUCUGUUCUUGUUGCCAAGUUCAGAGCGCUCUCAGUUGAAAACGGUUCAACUUUUGGAACAGCGCUGUGCUCCACAAUGUCACUUUUCCCUCACUGGCCAAACAAAAUCAAGAAUGUGUGGGGGCUAAUAAUAAUAGAAGAAGAGAAACCGACCUGGACUCAUCUUUUCAAGUGUUAAGUUUCCAGGUCUGCAGUUGCUGCCUGCUGGGACAGGAUUUCUUUGCUUUAUUUACGAGUGUGUUUUUGUUGAUAUUUUCAUGAUAAAGGAAAUAUGAAGCACACAGAGCUAUUUCAGGCAACGUUACACCUACUACUGAGGAAAUCACCAGCUGUGGACACAGACGCUAACACCUCUGGCCCUGGAUAUCACCAGUGAAGAGGCAUGAUAAUAAGCACAUUAACAUGGGUUGUCAGAGACUGCCAGUGUCCCCACAGCCAGCCUCUAGUGUACACUGGAGGAACUACAGCUUUUUGCACUUCUGUAUUGGCAUCAUUUUUCAACACCGGUGGUCGAGGCAAGGGAGCAAGGUUCCUACACACUUUGAGAAAUCAAAUUUAGGUCUUUUUAAGACCUAAGCUGAGUAAAAUCAAUACCACCUUUUGUAUGGCAAAAAAAUGAAAGAUUUCUUGGUACACAGACCAGGGCUCAACCUCCGGAUUUAAUGAGCUGUUUAUGAAAUGUUGGUGAUUUGGGACAAGGACCUAUUUUGGUCAUAAAUGCCCAAAUUUGAUCAUUUCUGGCACAUUUAAUGCCACUUAUUCUAUCAAUACAUGGCAUACUGACAUUUAUCAUUACAUAUUUUAGCAUAUGUGCCAGACUGAUUCAAAGAUUGGCUAAAUACAUCUCUUAAUCAACAUACCAUCAAAAUCCAAGACCUCUCAGAUGUAAAAAUAAGACUUUUAUGGCCUUUAAUUUCAAACGUCCAUUCAAUACUUUUCAAGGAUCCAGAUGAACUCUGUGGGAGAGAUGUUUCAUUCUAAAGACAAAAUUAAACUCAUACAGCUUGACUUGAAACAUGCACCUAUUUACUGUUUAAGAUCUAAUCACAACACAGGCAGAAUUGCAGAUAAUAAGAGCUCUUAUUUCUACAAGCUGUAGACGUGAAUAUCAGUGCUAUUAUCCAGGUAGCACUUUAAGACAGAGAUUUCGUGAUAGCAGCAGGAGUAAUUGGGGUAUUCGAUGUUGCCCGAGACAAACAGUUGAAGUGAAAAGGAAAGCAGCAAAGAAAAUAAGAUGAAAAGAAAGCUCCCUGGGUGGGGUCACACUGCAGCACAGUCUGUACUGAAUUAAGGCAUAAAAACAAACACAAUAGAAGUCUGAUUUAAUUAUUAUUAAUAUGAAACUAUUAAAGAUGAUUUUUUUGUA